CCCGGUGGCACGGAACUACUGGGAAAGCUCUUGGCUCCCCGUUGCCCCGCCAUGGCGAGCGAAGAGGAGCACCCCUCUGCCCUCUCGGAUAACCAGGUCUUUGUGCUGACGUGGAUCUACCUGCCGGCCUCGCUGCUGAGCCUCCUGGGCAGUGGAUCGGUCCUCGCUGUCACCUCCCGGCAGAGGCGAUGCUGCCACAUCCAGCUUCGCCCCCUUUUCCUCCUCGCCCUGGCAGAUUUCCUGGCGGCCGCCGCGCUGCUGAGCACAGCCACCAUCCAGCUGCUGCCAGCCCCGCUCUUCAUCCCAGCCUACGCCGCUUGCCCCUACGGACGGAUGCUAGCCAUGACUUUCUAUGCAGUCUCGUUCCUGAUGGUUGUUGUCUACGCGUACGAAGCCUACCGCACCGUCCAUGGCUGGCGAGCCUGGCACGUGGCAGCUCUGCAGGAGCGAAGCAGGUGCCUGGCGAGCGCGUGGCAGGGGCUGCCCUACAUCCUGGCCUGGCUGGUGCCGGCGCUCACCCUCCUGGGGCAGCUGCUCGCCCGCGGCACCUCCCUCACCGACAUCGCGCCGAGACCCCUUGAGCCCGUCGUGCCGCGGGAAGGCAACCGCUCCCACGAGACCUACAGCCUUUACUGCUCCAGCUGCCUGCUCCUCAUCCACCGUGCCCAGGAUAUCUGCUACGAGUACGUAGGUAGGAAGGACGUGGGCCUGGAAGGGAAAAUCGUCUUCUUGUUGUACCUGCUGCUGGUGCUCAGCUGCUGCACGCUCCUGUACCACAGGGUGAAGCUCCGGUGCCGGAGGAACGCCGCGGCGCCCUUGCUGACCCUGGAGAAGGACGGCUUCGCCGGCAAGAGCAUCCGCAGCGUCAGCAGAGUCUCUCACUACUUCCAGCUGGUUUUCCUGCUCUGCUGGGCGCCAGCCUUCCUCCUCACCAUCCUCUCCUUCACCAGCAUCACACCUGCCUCGGUCUUUGUCCUCUACAUUGCGACAGCCCUGACCGUCUCCCUCCAGGGCUUCCUGCACAGUUUGGUCUACGGCUGGCUGAGGCAAAACUUCCGUCAGGAGGUGACGGGCAAGAGAGUCUCCCUGCAGCACCACCGGGGCCUCAAGGCUUUCUACGACGAGUCCCUGAGGACCGUUCCUUAGGCUGCCACCUCAUCCCGGUGCCUGGGGGCUGCCCAAAGCCUCGGCAGGAUUCGCACGUCCCCGGCACUUCCCCGCAGCCCGGCAGGAUCUCUCUGGAUUUGGCCCUUCCUGCCUGGAAAGGUUGGAGCGAGGCGCUGGCAGCGCCGGGCAGGUUUCCGACGGCGGUGGCGGGGGCUGCGGUGGCUCUGCCCCGGUGGGACGCCCACCCGGAGCCCCUCGCUGCUGGAGGCAGCCCAGCGUGCGCCACGCAGAGAGCAAGAACCUCGAGCAGUCGCUGCGCGGGAGCUGGCCCGCGGGAGCUGGCCCAGGAGCUCUCUGGAAGAAGGAUGCUCCAGCUCGGCGCCAGGAGGGACUCGGCCGCCGGCAGCAGCCGGGCUCCGCGGGCUCACGAGCAUUCAGGUGCCGUGGGAGGCGGCUGGUGGCCCGCAAUUUGGCAACCCCUAGAGCUUCCAGCACCCGACCCGCAACUGCAACUGUCCCAGGGAAGGUGGCGGUUCUUCCUAAUUUGUUUGGUCUUGUUUCAGCGUUACGCUUUCUGCCGGCGAGCGAGCCAAAUCUCUCCACAGGGCUGGGGAGAUGGUGCUUACAAAUAAAGGUGUUGUGGUUGAGGUGC